AUGGGCCACGAUGAUGAAGACGCAAUAGAACUCUUGCCAGUACACGUCACCCCGACCACCUCCCCAGUGUACAACCUGGGUGUUGAUGCUUUGGAUAAUAGUAACCAUCGCAUGUCUCCCCAUCAUUUGCACUCUCCAUCCCAUCAUAAUCCUCAACACUCUUUUGGCAUCAAUACUCAGAAUGCUAAUGAUUCUUACAAACCUUCAAAUAGUGGUGCCCUUCUCACAGUAGACAAGCCAGCAUUCUAUCUUCUAGUAUUGUUAUACUUCCUCCAAGGUAUCCCUGUCGGUUUGGCCUUCGGAUCAAUCCCGUUCCUCAUGAAAUCCUCCCAUCUUUCAUACUCGCAGUUAGGCACGUUCUCCUUGGCCUCGUACCCAUAUUCUCUCAAACUUUUCUGGUCUCCAUUUGUAGAUUCUUUUUAUAGCAAGAAAAUUGGCCGUCGUCGUUCAUGGAUCAUCCCCGUUCAGUCACUUACCGGUUUGGUGUUUAUCAUUCUUGGCUUUAGAAUCGACACCUAUUUUGCCGAUUUGUCCAAAAAUCUAAAUACCUUAACAUUCUGCUUUUUCGUCCUCGUGUUAAUGGCAUCUACCCAAGACAUUGCCGUCGAUAGUUGGGCUCUUGUCAUCCUAUCCCCGGCCAGCAAAAGUUACGCUUCUACUGCACAAACUGUAGGUUUAAACACCGGCUACUUUCUAUCAUUCACAGUAUUUCUUGCAUUCAACUCGAAAGAAUUCAUGAACAAAUAUUUCCGGUCCACCGCCAACCAAAAAGACGUUGGCCUCAUAUCUUUGGGCCAGUACAUGGUUCUCAGUGGGAUUAUUUUCUUGGCCUGUACCGCGUUUGUGGCACUCAAGGUUCCAGAAGUCCCGGCCCAUCUUCAGUCCCAGCAGAAAAGGCUUGAAGAUGAUGGAUUGGCAUUCGGUCAAGAGGAUGAUGAUGACCCAUUCAACCGGUCUAGCGGAUGGGAAAACCUCAGGAAAACUUACUCGAAAAUGUAUCGUGUUUUAUCGCUUUAUCCCGUUCAACAAUUCAUAAUUAUUCUUCUCAUUUGCAAAUUUGGAUUCCUCAUAAAUGAAGGGGCCACCAACUUAAAACUUCUCGAUAGAGGGUUUUCUAAAGAAGAUCUUUCUUUGACUGUCCUCAUUGAUUUCCCAUUCGAAAUCAUCUUUGGGUACUAUGUCGCAAAAUGGUCUCGCGGGAAUUCCGCGCUUAAUCCUUGGCUAUAUGGGUACGUUGGCAGACUUGUUGCCGCACUUCUCGGUCAAAUUGUGGUUUACAUUUUCCCGCAACGCCCAGAUCCAACUACAGGCCAACUUGUGUCAACCGUUACCUCCUGGUACUUUUUAUUAGUGAUUAUCCAACAUUUGUUCAGCUCUUUAAUGAGCACUAUUCAGUUCGUGUCAUUAUCAGCUUUCCACACAAGAAUCGCUGACCCAACCAUUGGUGGCACCUAUAUGACUACUCUCAACACCCUCAGCAACUUUGGUGGCACAUGGCCUAAAUUCUUUUUAUUGAAAUUCAUUGAUAGAAUGACAUUUGCAAUUUGUGCCCCGGAAGCAUUAACCUCCAAUGAUGCUUCUGUUGCCUCAUUCGAGAAAUUUUGGACUAAUGUUAAGGAGUUCCUCAGUCUCACGGCAUCCACACUUGAGUCCCAAACAUAUUUCCCAACCACCCCAAGUUUGGAACAACUAUCACUCUUCUCUAGUUAUAGUGCUUCUAAAUUUGAUAUAUCUAAGUUUCUCACUUACUUAUCUACAACAUUCUCGACAUCAAUCACCUCCGUUGCUGCGCUUUCCGCCUCGACCUCUUCAUCAAUUGCUGCCUACUCAAGAUACACUACUACCGAAAAAAUUGAUUUCUGGUCCAACAGUGGUCAAAGUUCCAACUUACCAACUUGUGCAACCGAUCCUACCAAACAGGUAUGUGUUGGUAUUUUUGGUGGGGAGUGCAUGGUGGUGAAAGAUGGGUACUACGUGAUGAAUAUCUUGUGUGUUCUUGUUGGUACAGGGUUGUUGGUUGGGCAUAUUUGGAGAAAAAUUGGGGAGUUGCAAUCAUUAGGAGAGGCAAGUUGGAGAGUCAAAUGA